UUCAUCUUUGGUUAAAAUGCACCAAAGAAACAACAUAGAGCUUUCAUAAGUAGCCUAAGUCUUUCAGUUUGAACUCAUACUAUUUGAGUAACUCACGAUUGUUGGGUGACAUUCAAAUUAAAUUUCCUCUUUUAAGAUGCAAUAAAACCCACAGCAUGUUUUCUCCGAUAUUUCAGGCUUAACUCGGAUGCCUCUUCGCUGCCUGUGUUGGGUCCAGCUGAUCUGAGUGAGAGUGAUUCAGAGAGGCGUCGACUUGAAUUGACAGACGACGGCAGAGUGGAGUGUGGACAUCAUCAAAUGGCAGCUUUCAACUCCGGUUUCAUCUCGGACCUGUCUGAAUGGAGGAGACUCUGAGAAGGGCGUUAUGGCAAUGGAGAGCAGUUUAUGGAGUACCUGCGACUACAGCCACAAUGUCACCUUCUUCUACAACUUGGUGGGCAAGAAGAUCAGCGUGGAGUGGGCGACUCGGGACGUAGUUGUGAUUGGAGUGGGCUUGACUGUAUGUGUCAUUGUAGUCCUGGCCAACCUGAUGGUGAUGGUAGCCAUCUCCAUGAACCACCGCUUCCACUUCCCCAUCUUCUAUCUCCUGGGUAACAUGGCUGCAGCUGACCUGUUUGCAGGGAUCGCCUACGCCAACCUGAUUUUGCACACCGGCCCCUGGACUAGCACACUCACCAAGGAGCAGUGGUACAUCCGAGGGACUUUGAUCGACAUGAGUCUCACGGCCUCUGUGGGCAACCUUCUGGCUGUUGCCGUGGAGCGCCACCAGACCAUAAUCACCAUGCAGCUGCACAGCAAGAUGCCUAAACGGCGGGUGGUGCUGCUGAUUGUCUGCAUCUGGGCUGUGAGCAUCAUCAUGGGGCUGGUGCCCUCGCUGUUUUGGAACUGCGAGUGUGACCUAGAGGACUGCUCCACCGUGGCUCCGCUCUACAGCCGCCGCUUCCUCAUCUUCUGGGCAAUUCUCAACCUGCUCACAUUCUUCAUCAUGGUGGCCAUGUACGCCCGUAUCUUCUUCUAUGUGAGAUACCAGAUCUCACACAUGUCUCAGCACACCUCGGAGAUAAGGCAGACUGUUGUCAGCCUGAUGAAAACUAUCUCCAUAGUACUGGGAGCCUUUGUGAUCUGCUGGAUGCCCGGCCUCGUGACUCUCUUACUGGAUGGGCUGUUGGGCAAAGCCAGCCAUGCCAACGCCUUCGAGAAGUUCUGUUUGGUCGUAGCUGAGUGCAACUCUCUGGUCAAUCCGAUCAUAUAUUCCUUGCGAGACGAGGAGAUGCGGAGGACGUUCAAGUGGAUCCUAUGCUGCCUGUGUCGGAGAGGGGGCAACAACCCGAGGGAGCUAUCACCUGUGGGGAUUUACCCCCGACUGCCAGAGGGAACUGCUGGCUGUGUCCUGAGGUCAGAAGAGCAGGCCGUCUGUCCAGAAACUAGCUCUAAAGAAGACAGCUGGACGAUAUCGGGGGUAUGAUGUCUAUACGCCAGCAACUCAUCUAACAACACACAUCGUGUAAUAUUCUGUCUCUUGUUUUUUCUGCCAAAUGACCCGUCAUACUGUUUGUUUUGUCAAGUGAAAAAUAUAUAUAAAGAUGCAGCUUUUGAAAAUA